UCCCUACCCUCUCAAAACCCUAGCCAAACCCUCCUCCCCUGCUUUGCGGCGCGCCAGAGCAAGCUGAAACUCAAGCGAGCCCAGAGAGCCAGCGAGAUGGAUCGGCGCAAGGGCAGCGGCGGCCGCGACGCGAACGGCGGCCUCGCUGAGGCGACGGCGUCGAGGCUGAGGUUCGAGGACGCCGACGAGGUGGCGGAGGAGGUGGGGAUGGAGGUGGAGGAGAGCGCCGACGCGGAGGGGGAGGCGGCGGCGGCGGAGGUGAUCGGCAGCGAGAAGACCAGCGCCGACUACUACUUCGACUCAUACUCCCACUUCGGUAUUCAUGAAGAAAUGCUAAAAGACGUUGUUCGGACAAGAUCAUAUCAAAAUGUUAUCACCCAGAAUAGCUUUCUUUUCAAGGACAAAAUUGUCCUUGAUGUUGGUGCUGGGACUGGUAUCCUCUCGCUUUUUUGUGCAAAAGCAGGAGCUAAGCAUGUCUAUGCGAUUGAAUGCUCACAGAUGGCGGACAUGGCAAAAGAAAUUGUGAAAAAAAAUGGAUUUUCUGAUGUCAUAACGGUAAUCAAAGGGAAAGUUGAAGAAAUUGAGCUUCCUGUCCCAAAAGUAGAUGUCAUAAUCUCUGAAUGGAUGGGUUAUUUCCUCCUGUUCGAGAAUAUGUUGGACACUGUUCUUUAUGCACGUGAUAAAUGGCUGGUUGAUGAUGGUGUGGUCCUGCCAGACAAAGCCUCUCUACAUCUUACUGCAAUUGAAGAUGCGGAGUACAAGGACGACAAAAUUGAAUUUUGGAAUAAUGUAUAUGGCUUUGAUAUGAGCUGUAUCAAGAAGCAGGCAAUGAUGGAGCCACUUGUAGAUACUGUGGAUGCAAAUCAGAUCGUCACUAACUGUCAGUUAUUGAAGACUAUGGAUAUUUCUAAGAUGUCAUCUGGGGAUGCCUCCUUUACUGUGCCUUUCAAGUUGGUAGCAGAGCGAAAUGACUUCAUCCAUGCUCUUGUUGCUUACUUCAACGUGUCAUUCACCAAAUGCCACAAGUUGAUGGGCUUCUCAACAGGGCCUAGAUCAAAAUCCACUCACUGGAAGCAAACUGUUCUGUAUCUUGAGGAUGUAGUAACUAUCUGUGAGGGCGAGACUCUGUCAGGCAGUAUGACAGUCGCACCCAACAAAAAGAACCCUCGAGACAUUGACAUUACGCUUAAAUACUCUAUAGAUGGGCAUAGAUGCAAGGUGUCUAGAACACAGCAGUACAAGAUGCGGUGACCCAAGACCAGUGAGGAACUCAGCUGUCCUGCAGUCCACUCAAUUUUGAUUGACUGAGUAUCUUGUGUUUCACCAAUUGAUGCUUGUUCCUCGAUCUUGUAUUGACAUGCAAUUAUCAGGGACGUAAGCAAAAAGUAGAAUGUAGAUUUGGCUGGCAUGUUAAUGUAAGUUGCUAUCUUGCAAAUCUAUGUUGUGUUGUUUGCUGGUGGUGUGCCUUGGCCGGGGAUGUUGGCAAACCGUUGUAUACGUUGUUUCAAUGAAAUCCAUAAUAGAUCCACCACCCUCGCAAUUUAUGGGUUAUGGGUUGAGA